AUGCACAACUCCUCCCGUGAGUUGUUUGAAAGUCCUCCGGGCAGCCCGCGCCCAGCGGAUCCCUGCGACCGCUUGGCGCAGACGGCGCCCCCUUUCGGAUCCCUGCGACCCCGAAGUCCGUCCGGAUUUGGAGGAAGCCGCGGGCUGUGGUCCACCUGGGCUUCCAAGACCAGUCGGCUCGUCUCAACGCCGAAGUCGAGUCUGCGGCUGGUGGAAAAGACCAAAGUGGACAAUGAAAAGUUCCGGAUCUGGCCCAGCCAUGGUGGUCGCGCCAACACGCCUUUGUCCUACUGGAAGGAAGAUGCAGUUCCGCUCGGGCGAAACACGCCGCCCACAGGUUUUCUGGAGAGCGGCAUGCGCAGCGCGUUGGCUGUCGGGGAUCCGUUGGCUUCGGGGAUUCACGAGACCGGCCUUCGGAACCUGGAUGGGAGCUGGGUUUCGCACGAUGGUGAACUGCGGGGCCAAGUCCACGGGGAGCACUUCUACUGGGCUUGUGAUGGAUCUGCCUCGCCUCUGCGUGUCUUUGGAGAACACCAGGAGUCGUUGUGUCUCUGGUUGGACGGCGUGCGGCACUUCGCCAUCCUGGGGCCCGACGGGCGACGCUUGAGCUGGGCCGAUGGCGACGUCUGGCUGCGCCGGGAGCGGCACGACCCCGAGCUGGAGGAGGCCGUGAAGGCGCAAUGUCGCAGGACGCCUGCCCAGAAGAGUCUUUGUGGGGCGACACGGUAG